AUCUAUGGAAUCAUACCUGCGUGAAUUGUACUUGCGCCUCUUCCCGGGCUGGAAGCUUCGAUCGGAAGAACCCUAACCCCUCUAUUCGGCGACCAUCCUCUUCCCCGCGACCUGAGCCGAAGCUUGAGCUCUGAACGCUAGAAGUCUCUGGGCGAGUUUGUGGCGGCUGCUUAAUGGAUCUGGAGACUGAAAACCGACUAGCUGCUCUUUUUAUGAGAGAAGCAGCUGAAUUGCGACAACAGGCUGAAAAGGAAGGUGUUCUUGCAUAUCUUCGACAGCCUAAUAAACGGCAUCGGCCAAAUUCACGCUUCCUCACAGCAACUGUACUUGGGGUACAACAAGCAAAUCGAGCUGUAGAUGUAAAUGAAAUGUGGCGAGUGCGGCAGAAAGAACUAGAGCUGGAUAAAAGGCAUGAAGGCAGAUCUAAAGAUCAAAACCCUGGCAACAGAAGCCAUAGGGAUGGUAACUCAUUAAGAAGCGCCGGAAGGUUUGCCAUGGAUGAUAAUACUGCCUCUGCUUCAUGCUCUAGUAAAGGAGAACCUGACCAUUGCCCCGAAGGUUUAAGGGAUGAAGAGCUUGAGAUGUUUCUAAACUCUAGGACCAAGCGAGGCAGAGGAGCCAUUGGUCCGAGGAUGGACGAGACAGGUCCUUACCUUCCACGUCACUUUGAUGAGGAGGAGCCUAUUACAAGUUCUGAUGUGAGCAACCGUCGUGUUUAUGGUCCAGAAAGGCCUGCUUCACUGAAGUCUUGUGAAUCUUCUGAAGAGGAGGAGAUCCAUGUUAAAAGAGCGAAAAAGGCUAAAAAAUCUCACUCAGGGAGCUCAGACAAGGAGCAUUCUAAGAAGCACAAAUCCAAAGAGAAGUCUAGACAUAAGAAAAGGAAGGAGAAAAGGAGCAAGCAUCGCCACUGAGGUGUAUUCUGCUAUGUAUUAAUUUACAAGGGAAUGUUGUUACUUGCCCGGUAUGUGUGCCAAACUGUCCAUUUUGAUUGUACGCAUGCUUAAGUUCUUGCGUAGAUGUUACGUGCGUAGAUAUUUUAUGUAACAUCAAAUGCAACAUAUUUACAACUAGAGACCGAUCUUCCAAUCUUGUGUGUAAAUAGAGUUAUCUUUGGAAUGUCGAGAUAUUCAAAUCUAGCUUGAUAUUCAGAUGAUGU